GCCCAAGAGUAGUGUGGAGGCGCUGCCGCCGGUCACACGCAGGACGUACUAUGUCACAGCGGGCGCAGGGGAGCUCACUGAGGGCUCCAGGUGAAAACUGAGGAAUGUUACUAGGGAGCAGCGGGGGGAACUAACCCGUCCCGGAACACCAUGGAGGGGGAGCAGGCAGAAGCCAGCAGUCCGGAGCCCCAAGCUGGGGGCAUAGUGUCUGACGCCUUCUCCAAUCUCUGGACAGAGGUGAUGGGAAUGCUGGAUGGUUCACUGGGAAACAUUGACGACCUCGCAGAACAGUACGCCGACUACUACAACACCUGCUUUACAGACGUGUGCGAGAGGAUGGAGGAGUUGCGCAAGCGCCAGGUUUCUCAGGAUCUUGAUGAGGAGAAAUCUGAUGCUGGCUCCACAUCAUUACAGCUGCCAUCCCCCCAAAGUGAAGAUUCCAUUGGAUUCAGUAGUACAUUAUCUACACCAGAGACGGAAAGAAAGCUUUCUCUUCAUAAAUCAAGCUCUGAAGAAGGCUCUGUAGGUAAAGUGGACUGGAAGAAGAAAAAUAAGUAUUUUUGGCAAAAUUUCCGGAAAAGUCAAAAAGGAAUAAUGAGACAAACUUCAAAAGGGGAGGAUGUUGGAUAUGUGGCCAGUGAGAUCACAAUGAGUGAUGAAGAACGGAUUCAGCUUAUGAUGAUGGUGAAGGAAAAAAUGAUCACUAUUGAGGAAGCGCUGGCAAGGCUGAAGGAGUAUGAGUCGCAGAAUAAGACACAAGGGUCCCAAGAUUCAGCAGAUUGGGCUGAUGGGUCAUAUCCACCCUGUGACGAGUCUUCCAAUUGUAAUUCAAGAGAACAGUCUGAAGACGAGUCAGAGGAAUCGGUCAAAUUUAAGAGGCUGCACAAGCUUGUGAACUCUACACGGAGAGUGAGAAAGAAACUUAUAAGAGCUGAAGAAAUGAAGAAACCCAAUCCAGAAGGUCUAGAAGAUGCAGUUCACAGCACUCCUGUUGUUGAUGAUAAAUCAGCACUUUAUUCGGGGGUCCAUAAGAAACCACAGUGUAGAGAUAAAUCACUAGAGAAAAUACAUCAAGAAGAUUGUCCACUUUCUGUGUCUCCUUCAUCUGGAAGCUUUGACACAAUGAAUGUUAAUAGAAAACUAGUAAAGACACUGAGCAAAACAGAAGGUCGGGGUCUUAUCAAGCCACCCAAGAAAAUUGGAACUUUUUUUUCAUAUCCCGAAGAUGAAAAAUCCCAAAAGGUUUCCCGUUCUAUGACAGAACGAGAAUUAAGGAAAAGCCUUGGCUCCUUAAGCCAUGGGGUAAGUACAGAAAGUGUUUGCUUUUAUGAUAGAAACAGGCACAAACAUCACCUUUUGGUUUCUCUGGAGGAGGUGCAAAAUAUCAGGAAGCAGAUAAGAUUGAAGAAGCUUGAUUCUAAUUACUCGUGCGCUAGAGCUUUUCUCAGCCAGCGACCAGCUAGGAAAGCAACAUCUUCUCCAGUCUGUGACCAGCAAAUAUUCCGCCAGCGGACUAAAGGAGGCAGCAGUGUCUUCGCAAACAGAAGGCCAAGGGGCCGCACGGUCAGCGAGUUCAACAUAACCUAUGUCGUUGAGAGGAGUUUAUACAGUCAUUUGAACUUAACUCACCUUGUUCGACCUGUCAGUGACAGAACCCUUAGCAAGGCUGAGAAGCGGUGUCUACUAGAAGAAGAGGAAGAGGCGGAAAGAAAAUGGGCUGCCACUGUGGACCGCUGUACUAAACGGGUUCUCUUAAGAAUCCAUCAAAAGUCUAGGACCUGCAGCUUUGGUGGGUUUGACUUAAACAAUCGCUUACUACAUGUUGGAAAUAACACGGAUUCUCUGGAGAAAGAUGGAGAGUUUAUAUACAAAGAAGUCAUCAAAUCCCCCCCCACACCAAGGAUUUCACUUGGUAAAAAAGUCAGGUCUGUCAAGGAAACCAUGAGGAAGAGGAUGUCCAAGAAAUACACAAGUUCUGUGUCAGAGCAGGACUCCAGCAUAGACGGGAUCCCUGGUUCACCCGAAUCUCCUCUGCCCCCCUCAAGCACACUUGAAAAACCAAAGCUGAAAGCAGGAGGCUCGGUAGAAAGCCUUCGAAGCUCCCUGAGUGGUCAGAGCUCAAUGAGUGGUCAAACUGUAAGCACAACUGACUCAUCAGCAAGCAACAGAGAGAGCGUCAAGUCUGAAGACGGUGAUGAUGAAGAGCUGCCAUAUAGAGGUCCCUUCUGUGGCAGAGCGAGAGUGCACACGGACUUCACCCCCAGCCCUUACGAUUCAGAUUCCCUCAAACUUAAGAAAGGAGACAUCAUUGAAAUUAUAAGCAAGCCUCCAAUGGGCACAUGGAUGGGCCUCUUAAACAAUAAAGUAGGCACUUUCAAGUUCAUCUAUGUGGAUGUAAUCAAUGAAAUUGAAGAAAAGCCUAAGCGUCCAACAAGAAGGCGUCGCAAGGGAAGACCACCAAAGCCCAAGUCUGUAGAGGAGCUCUUAGACCGCAUCAAUCUGAAGGAGCACAUGCCAACCUUUCUUUUUAAUGGCUACGAAGAUUUAGACACUUUUAAAUUGUUAGAAGAGGAAGAUUUGGAUGAACUGAAUAUACAAAAUCCAGAACACAAAGCAGUCCUGCUAACAGCUAUUGAACUCUUACAGGAAUAUGACAGUAACAGUGAUCAUUCCGGAUCUCAGGAAAAACUACUCACAGAGGGAGAAAGUAGAAGUGGAUGUUCUCCCCGGGACUCUGGCUGCUACGAGAGCAGUGAAAACAUAGAGCAUGGUAAAAGUCAAGUGACCUCCCCAAUCACACCAGAGUCUUCCUCUACUCAGCUCAUAAUCUAUCCACACCUAAAUCUGAACAUGAGCAGAGAUAACACAUAUGGAGACAGCCAAAAGGUUGGACAAGACCACAUCUAUGCUACCUGUGCAAAGCUAGCUGGAGUUACAGGCUCCAAGAAGAACCGCAGAAGUUUGCCUGUUGCUGUAUGUGAGCUGGAUGGGAGCAAAUCUCUCAAGAUGUGGCCAAGAUCACACUCUAUGGACAGUCUUCAACAAGAAGGAAAUAAUAAAACUUUAAGUGUUUUUUCACCAGAUGAAGGGAAAGAAUCUCCUGAGGGUUUCAUUGAGGAGGAAACUGCAGAUAUAAAUGACAGAAUAUCUUGUAAUGUGGAUACAGUGACCAAGGAGCACACUAAUCCUGUUCAAAGCACAAGAACAUUACAUUUGCAAAGUAAUAGAAAAGACCAUAUAGCUCAAAGUUCUAUUUACUUUCCCCAAGAAUCUAUGGACAAGACACCCAUUUCUUCUUCAGAAACCAGGAUACCAGCAAAAAACCCUUCACAACCUCCUCCAGUCCCUGCCAAAAAAUGUAGAGAACGGUUUGCGAAUGGACUGUUUCACCUUCCUCUCAGUGCCACUUCAUCAAAUGCAGACGAAUCUUCUCUUCCUGUUACUAAAUCAGGACAGUUAAGCCAAAAUACCAUUUCUAUACCUACACAAGAGUGCACUACACCAACAUCUCCCCGGCCUCCUUGGCUUCUUAAUUCCACAGAUGCUGUGAAUGUUCCACAGCAUGCAGUGAAACUGGGCCCGGUGGCUGCAAGAAAAAUUUCUUGUCGAGGAAUGGAUCAGGAAGUAGUGAUCGAAAACAAGUUAUUAGCUGAGGAAAUUGACCUUACAGAGGAACCAUAUUCUGAUAAGCAUGGUCGCUGUGGUAUCCCAGAAGCCUUAAUUGAACGAUAUGCUGAAGACUUGGGUCAAUUAGUAAAAGAUGUAGCAGCCUGCAUGGACGAGAUCCGUGUUGGACAUCUAAGGAAACAGCAUCGCAUGGCGAUACCAAGUGGAGGACUCACAGAGAUCUGCAGGAAGCCUAUAUCUCCUGGACAUAUUUCAUCAGUUUCUGAUUGGCUUAUUUCCAUUGGCUUCCCUAUGUAUACCCAGCCUCUCAUGGAUGCAGGCUGCACCACAUUAAGUCAAGUGCCUGCCCUCUCACAGACUCACUUACAAAGAGCUGGAAUAAAGGAGGAGAGACAUAUAAAUAAACUUCUUGGUGCAGCGAGACUUAUAAAAUCUGUAAUACCAGAGGCUGUUUAAGCUCUGGCCUAGAGCAGCUGGAGAUCUGAUAUACCUUGCCACCCAUGCACAGUGUGCAGACAAAUGUUGGUUUUAAGAAAUGGUUUAUUGGCCUGGCAUGUUUAACUGUAAAAGGCAAAUCAUACAUGAUGGACCUUCAAAGACACUGAACAUUUUUUUGGGGUAACUCAAAUGUGCAUUAUUAGGUGGGACUACCAGACCCUCAAAACAUUGGAUAAAAAAAGGUGCUGUGUGGCGUUUUCAAGUAUUUCCAUGGCAUCAGGCACAAGAACAUAACCUACAGUAGGCCAAUGUAUUCCAAUGAAUAAAUGGUGACCACAUUUAUAUUAACUAAUUUAAUCCUGCUUUUUCCCUAAUAAUGGGAAAGGAGUCAUUUUCUGAAACUAACCUAUAGUAACACAUUUAUUUUGCCUUAAAUACAUUUUCAUAUCAUUUUGUGUCAGUUAUGUCCAUGUAUAUAGCCUGUAAGAUUGUUACAAUCAUGUUUUCAAAUGUGAUUUCCAGCCAAAAUAUAAAAUUGUGGUAUACUAUUCAUUUAGAAGGUAAAGCUCCAUAAUUUGUAUUGUGGAAAUUCAUUUAAAUGGUGUAGUAGGUAGCUGCACACGACCCUACACUUUGAUUCAGAUGCCCAUAAAAAUAUAAAUUACACAAAUUUUCAAUUAUCUCUGUCUAUGGUUUUAUUAAGGAAAGUUGGAGAAUUUAAAAUGUGUACUGUCUGAAAACAUGUCAUUGAACCUUUAGCUAGAGUCGUAUUUACAUAGUUGGCUAAUUGCUGCCCUUAUAGCUAAGGUGUAACUUAAAGGGGAUUAUACUCCUAUGGAUAGGGGAUAACUUGUGGAUUGGUGGGGAUCCAACAGCUGAGAUCCCCACCCAUCACCAGAAAAUUAUCUUCUUAGCUGUUGAUAGGGGAUAAAUUGCUUUGAUGGGAAAACCCUUUUAAGGGCCCAUGCAUACGGCAGAAUUUCUGAACAGAAUCCAACAGAAAAAUUAUUUUCCAAAAUCCUGUAGCAGCCACUUUCUACUGUUUUCAAUGGGAUUCUGCUGCUGCGUUCACAUGGCAGAAUUUCUGUUGCACAAACAUCUGCAGCGGGAAUUAAAAUCCUGGAUACAUUCUUUCUGCAGAAUUUGUUUGGAAAUGAGGGCCUGGCACCAACUGAUCAAGUGCUUGCCACGCAUGGAAUGUCAGCCUGUAAUUUUUCUGGGCAGAUAUUCCACCUUGUGAAAGGGCCGUCAAGUGUCUUCAUUUUAAUGCAAAAUCUGUAAAGGCCUUGCCCCUAGAAACUAGAAUUAAGACUGCUAGUGCUUUCUUAUGUGACAGAGAUCCCUUUGCACCUCCUCAGGCAGUAGGGCAAUUCUUCAAGUUAUACUAUUUAGUAGGCAUUUGCAGAUAAGCACUACUAUAUAUUUGCACUGUAAAUGAAAAAAUUGCCUACAUCUUAAAAACAUGGAGUGGGUGUCCAUCCUUUAAACACUUUACGUAUAAUGCUUCAUUGCAACAUUUACAUAAAAAAAUGCUUGUUAAUGGAAGAAUAUUGCAUGCACUGUGUGCAUUAAAUCUAUAGUUUCCCUAUACACAAAGUAGCAUCCAUGAAUACACCCAAACACAUAUACAAUAGUUUACAUAAAUAAGUCCUUCACAGUACUCUUAAUAAGUGAGGGUCUUAUCAGCACAAGCCGUUGAUGCCCUGGUUUGUGAGCCCUUGAGUAAAAAAAAAAAAGGAACCAUUCAGGUUAUAGGGUUGCGACCCUUCACAGCCUUAAAAUCGUACAGUCAUAGCCGUAAAUGUUUGGACCCCUGAAAUUUUUCAAGAAAAUGUAAGUAUUUCUCACAGAAAAGGAUUGCAGUAACACAUGUUUUGCUAUACGUCGACAUUUAAAUGAAAUGAAACGCUAUGGCAGGAGACCCAGGAAGACGCCACUGCUGACACAGAGACAUAAAAAAGCAAGACUACAUUUUGCCAAAAUGAACUUGAGUAAGCCAAAAUCCUCCUGGGAAAACGUCAUUCUGCUGUUCACAUCAUUCUGCUGUUUACCAAAAACGGAAUGAGGCCUACAAAGAAAAGAGCACAGUACCUAAAGUGAAAUAUGGUGGAGGUUCAAUGAUGUUUUCUGGGUUGUUUUGCUGCCUCUGGAACUGGGUGCCUUGAAUGUGUUCAAGGCAUCAUGAAAUCUGAGGAUUACCAACGGAUUUUGGGUCACACUGUACAGCUGGGUUUGCGUCCGAGAUCUUGGGUCUUCUAGCAGGACAAUGACCCCAAACAUACGUCAAAAAGCACCAAGAAAUGGAUGGCAACAAAGCGCUGGAAAGUUCUGAAGCAAUGAGUCCAGAUCUAAUUCCCAUUGAACACCUGUGGAGGGAUCUUAAAAUUGCUGUUGGGAAAAGGCGCCCUUCCAAUAAGAGAGACCUGGAGCAGUUUGCAAAGGAAGAGUGGUCAAACUUUCCGGCUGAGAGGUGUAAGAAGCUUAUUGAUGGUUAUAGGAAGCGACUGAUUUCAGUUAUUUUUUCCAAAAGGGUGUGCAACCAAAUAUUAAGUUAAGGGUGCCAAUAAUUUUAUCCAGCCCAUUUUUGGAGUUUGGUGUCACAUUAUGUCCAAUUUGCUUUUUUCCUCCCUUUUUUGGUUUAGUUCCAAUACACACAAAGGGAAUAAACAUGUGUAUAGCAAAAUAUGUUUUACUGCAACCCUUUUCUGUGAGAAAUACUUAAUUUUCUUGAAAAAUUUCAGGGGUGCAACAUUUACGGCCAUGACUGGCAUAUUAAUAUGUUAUAUUAAAAUCUAAACCCAUAAUUUGAUGAAUAUAAUUUGCAUAUGGGGGGCCACUUUUCAACAUUCCAUAAAAUGUAACAUUCUUUAAAAUGGAACCAAAAUAGUGAUCCGCUGUUUGCUCCAAGUCCUGAUCCCAGCACCCUCGGCGAACAGCCAAUUUUGCCAAAUAUGCUAUGGCAGGGUAAUUGUAGUAUUACAAGGUGGCAAUUAAGUUGGGUAUGAGCAUGAGAUGAAUUUAAGUAAAGGACAUUUUAAGUCUUCUGGUUCAUAGUGAGGGUCCUGAACAGGGGACAACCUUUUAAAGAAAAUGACCAAAUAAAAAUAAGACGUUUUGAAUGUACAGAUAAGUGCCCAGUAGUAUAGAUCAUUUACCUCCUAUAAAACCAGUCUGUCUGCAGAUCAACUUUCCAUUGGGUAUACUAAUCCUCCUACAGAUAUCAAUUAAAUCUUGGUUACUUUUCCACAGGUCACUUUCCCCUGAGCAUGUUUUACAUCCGUAUAAUAUUUCUUUUUUGCAGACUGAAAACUGUAACUAAUGGUAAUCUCUUUAAAAUAAAACACAGCCUGUGCUUUUCCCCACUUUGUGGUGGGAAAACACCCUUUGAAGAGUAGAGGGAUUAAAAUAUAGUUGCAUCCAUUUUUGAUCCAUAUUACAGACAUAUACCCAUACACUGGGUUAAUAUUAGCAUAAUAUGAACACCUAUUUGCGUCCGUAUUACAGCUACGAGUUCUGACCCACCGGUGGCUGUCAUAACCCACAAUCAGGCCAGAACUUGUAGCCAUAAUACUGAAGCAAAAAUGUCAAUCGGCACUUAUUUUAAGAGCCCCUAGACAGACCAAUAGCAGCCAAAAUGUUCACUGCUUCAUUUUGAUGGCCAUUCACUUUCAUCAUUUUUUGCAGAACAAUCUGCAUUUCCAUGUAGAGAUAAACUGCCACAGAAUGCUGCAUGCAUAAUCCCGACAAUCAUCCGUCGAAUUAACGAAAUAAAAGAAAUCGAAAGCCCAAUGAAACAGAACGUUAUGCUUUGUGACCAAAAUAUGUGGCACAUUAAGGGGCCGAUCAUAGGGGACAGUUAAAGCAUUACAGAUCUAGACCAUGUUCAGUUGGUAUUUAGUGUUUGUCUUCAUCUGCAUUAUUAUUGACAUGUUAAUGUUGAGACCCUUACACACAUCCCUUGCGGUACUUUUAUGAAAACUUUUGGUGCAAAAGAAACAACCGAGAUAGUGUUAGUGCUAGCAAACUAGCCUUGACACUAGGGCAAUACCAUUCUGAAAAUAAACACACCUUUCUAGUUGAUAUGGACAACAAAUUUGUAAUUUGCAUCCGUUCUUAUAAAAAUUCCCCUUGGAGUGUAGAAUAGUAGCAGAAGAUAGGGGGAGAUUUAUCAAAACCUGUCCAGAGGAAAAGUUGCUGAGUUGCCCAUAGCAACCAAUCAGAUUGCUUUUUUUAUUUUUGAAAAGGCCUUUGAAAAACUCAGCACCGUUUCCUCUAGACAGGUUUUGAUAAAUCUCCCCCAUAGUGUUCAGUAGACUUCAGCCUCUAGGCCUUUGCAUUAGUGUAAGUGCAGUUUGCACACGACUUGUGUAUAAAAUAUAUAUAUUCACUUUGGUUGUGUUUCUUUUAUUAAUAAUAAUUCUUUCUAUAUACGGCCAACAUAAAGGCGGCAGCCGACAAUUAGAUUUCAUCCACUUUUUUUUAUACUACUGAAUUCCUGGAAGUUCUACCGUAAGUUCCAUAUACAACACUUUCUAACACUUUUCUCUAUUAACCAGUAUCACACACCAGAAAUCAUCUUCCAGUCGCCAAUCCUUCAGUGUUCUAUCUGUAAAAGAUCAUUUGUAUAUGCAAAAUGUUACUGAACUCUUAAUAUCCAUGAAUUAUUUUAGAAAAAAAAAAAGCUAUAUUCUUUACUGUACAGUGCAUUUCAGUUGUGAGCUAUUUACAGAGAUUUAUUUUAUUCCAAGUGUAUAAUUGUAUAAAUAAUAUAGCAUUUUCAACAUAUUUUAAGUAUUAAUACAGAAAUCUAAUACCUGUUCAGAAGACCAAUUAACUGUGUAAUAUUAGAGUGCUGUGGAUCUUGCCAUAUAACACAAACCACCAAGGAUGACUAGCCAAUAUUUCAGUGAGGGGGGUAGAAAAAGGGUUUUAAAGAAAAUUUGUGUAAUACAGACCCUCGUAGUAAAAACAUGUUGUUAAAAACAUUUUCAAAAAAGCUGUUAACAUUCAUUUCCGAAUUAUGCACAUAGCUCUAGCCUCAAAAAACAAUUCAACAUGGGCAUGUGCAUGUUCUGAACAAAUAGCCAAUCGUAUAAAGAUUUGAUAUGGCCGUCACAUAAAACCUUACCAGAUAACUCUUAAGAUUUGUUACAGAAAGUAUAACUUUUCACCCUACAAUUAAUAUAUAAUUAGUCAAUAUCGUAAUAGCCCUUUAGUAAUAGGAUUUGCAUUGAAAGCAUCACUUAUGAAGAGAAUAUUUCAUUAGCAGUAGUUACAUAUACUGCAUUACCGAUGAUCCCAUCAAAAAGUUGAUCUCACCAAAAGUAGUAAUUUUAUUGAAAAAGUAUGCGUGGUUUCAUACAGACAUUUGACAUUCUUUUUUUUUUUUUUUUUUUUUUUUUUUUAGUCUAUGUUAUUAAAGCAAAUCUCGGCCUGACUUUGGUCUGAUGACCCAAAAAGACAGUUGUCAGUUCAGGUCAUCAGAAAUGCAGUCAGCCAGGGCCGGCCUGUAAUACAAACAUAUGUAACAUGCUUGUGUGAAACCAGCCUAAAAUUACCCAGACAUAUAGGAUAUCUGUUGGCCGAACAUUCAUUUGGCCUACAGCUAUCUCUCCCAAUCCCCCCCAUACUCAUAAGGUUCGAUUUGGCUGAAUGUUCAUGUUUGCCAAAUGGAGAGAGGGGGAUAAGCUGCUGCAGGACAGCUCUGACAGCAGCCAAUCCAACCCUUCUCUCAACUAACAUCAUCUGUUGGGGGAGAGUCGGGAGCCUUCUAUACACAUUAGACAAUUGACUGGUUCUCAUGAAAUCGGUUGGCUCAGAUGACUUUUUCUAAUAGGUGUGAGGGCCUUAACUCUUACCAGUACCUAGAUGUUUGUCAAAGGGACUUUUACACUUAUGUUGACCAGACAGAAGACUUUAGAAUCAUUAACAUACUUUUCACAUCAAAUUCUGGAAGUACUCUGAUAUUUGUUGUCCGUAAUGGAGCAAACAUAACCAUUCCUUCUAGUGGACAUUUUCUUUCAAAGAUUUAUAUUAAAGGGAAUGCAGCCCUUUCUCCAGUGGCUUUGUAUACAAUGUACUGUAUACUGUCAUCAGCAAGGCUACACAUGAUUUGUAUAACAGUGUUGACUACGCGUAUAACCUAUUGAAGAUUAAAGAACUUUAACAACUCAUUAUGUUGCACUUUCUGUAUAUGAAAACCCAUAUUUAAAUAACUUAUUUUUCUCCAUUCGCUAUUCUGAAAUUGUAAGUAGCUGUAAUAUACAUGAUAUCAACAUGUCAUUUGCAGUUUGCUUAGGCCCAAGAACGCUGUGUAUUGUAAAAAUAUGAAUGUGUAAAGACUAUUGUACUUGUCCAACAAAACUAUGGUUGAAAAUGAUUUUUUUUCUUUCCUGUGAAUCAAAUUAUGUCUAAAAUAGUGUCAUUCUGUUCAUAUGGAAAAUAAUAAAUAAAUUGACUUCAUGUUUUCUCUGUA